GUUAAAGUAACAAACUACAAUUUCAAGAUAAAAGAUGUUAAAUAGCUUGUUAUGAUAUCUGCUAUCUUGCUUCCUCCACUAAAACAAAGCAUGAAAAAAAAAAAAGCGAUAAUGAAAAAUUAACCGUUGAAUCAUUACAUAGUUGAUCGAUAACACCAAAAUAAUAACCAUGACUAAAUUCAGAGGCUGUAUAGACAUCCAUGCCGGUCAGGUGAAACAGAUUGUAGGUGGUACAUUAACUCAAGAUGACAAAGAAGGACAAACCAAUACUACACAAGAAAAUUUCAUAUCCACAAAUUCAUCAGCAUAUUAUGCCCAAUUAUAUAAAGAUAAUAAGAUAUCUGGUUGUCAUGUUAUAAAAUUAGGAUCCAAUCCUGCCAAUGACGAAGCUGCGAAACUAGCCUGUUCAUCAUGGCCGUUAAAUUUACAAGUCGGUGGAGGUAUCAAUAUAGACAAUGCAUUAACUUGGUUAGAUACAUAUAAAGCUUCUCAUGUUAUAGUGACAAGUUGGUUAUUCAACGAGCAUAAAGAAUUCGAUUGGACUAGAUUGGAAUCCAUUUCGAAAUUAGUGGGGAAAGAGAGAUUAAUUGUGGAUCUUAGUUGUAGAACCGUUAAGGAAAAUGGCGAAACCAAAUGGGUUGUUGCUAUGAAUAAAUGGCAAACAUUAACUUCUACAGUUUUAUCAAAGCAAGUCUUUGAUGACAUAUCGAAAUACUGUGAUGAGUUUUUAAUUCAUGCUGCUGAUGUUGAAGGAUUGUGCAAAGGGAUAGAUUCCGCCUUAGUGGUUAAGCUUGGCGAAUGGUGUCCUACUGGGUUUGAAGGUAAAAUCGUUUAUGCUGGUGGUGCUAAACUGGUGGAUGAUUUAAAAACUGUUGAAGAGUUAAGUAAAGGUAAGGUUGAUUUAACUUACGGAAGUGCAUUAGAUAUAUUUGGUGGUAAACUAGUAAAGUUUGAUGACCUUGUACAAUGGAAUCAUAAAGUUUAAAUAACGCGUAAAUAUAUUUAAUAUAGACUAUUAACAUAAU